GGCUACGCCCCGCAUCAUGGAGGGCAGCCCGGCCCCAGCCUCAGUCCGCGUGGACACCGACCUUCGCCGCCGCCCGCGCCCCUUCCGCCAGCUCCCGCUGCUGCUCUCCGGGCGCCGUCCUCUCCUCACCUCGAAGCCAACAUGAAGGAGACCCGGGGCGACGGGAGCGCCCCUUUCUGCACCCGCCUCAACCACUCGUACCCGGGCAUGUGGGCGCCCGAGCGCUCCGCCGCGGCGCGGGGCAACCUCACGCGUCCCCGCGAGCCCGGCGAGGACUGCGGCUCGGUGUCCGUAGCCUUCCCGAUCACCAUGCUCAUCACGGGCUUCGUGGGCAACGCGCUGGCCAUGCUGCUCGUGUCGCGGAGCUACCGGCGCCGGGAGAGCAAGCGCAAGAAGUCGUUCCUGCUGUGCAUCGGCUGGCUGGCGCUCACAGACCUGGUCGGGCAACUGCUCACCAGCCCGGUGGUCAUCGUCGUGUACCUGUCCAAGCAGCGCUGGGAGCAGCUCGACCCGUCGGGGAGGCUGUGCACCUUCUUCGGUCUGACCAUGACUGUCUUUGGGCUCUCCUCGCUCUUCAUCGCCAGCGCCAUGGCCGUCGAGCGGGCGCUGGCCAUCCGGGCGCCGCACUGGUACGCGAGCCACAUGAAGACGCGCGCCACCCGCGCCGUGCUGCUCGGCGUGUGGCUCGCGGUGCUCGCCUUCGCCCUGCUGCCGGUGCUGGGCGUAGGCCAGUACACUAUCCAGUGGCCCGGGACGUGGUGCUUCAUUAGCACCGGGGGAGGGGGCAACGGGACUAGCUCUUCGCACAACUGGGGCAACCUCUUCUUCGCCUCCACCUUUGCCUUCCUGGGGCUCUCAGCGCUGGCCGUCACCUUCGCCUGCAACCUGGCCACCAUCAAGGCCCUGGUGUCCCGCUGCCGGGCCAAGGCCACGGCGUCACAGUCCGGCGCCCAGUGGGGUCGGAUCACCACCGAGACGGCCAUCCAACUCAUGGGGAUCAUGUGCGUGCUGUCUGUCUGCUGGUCGCCCUUACUGAUAAUGAUGUUGAAAAUGAUCUUCAAUCAGACAUCUGUUGAGCACUGCAAGACACACACUGAAAAGCUGAAAGAAUGCAACUUCUUCUUAAUAGCUGUUCGCCUGGCUUCACUGAACCAGAUCUUGGAUCCCUGGGUUUAUCUGCUGCUAAGAAAGAUCCUUCUUCGAAAGUUUUGCCAGAUCAGGCACCACACAAACAACUAUGCAUCCAGCUCCACCUCCUUACCCCACCAGUGCUCCUCAACCUUGAUGUGGAGUGACCAGUUGGAAAGAUAAUGAAAGAACGGAGCUGAACUUUUUUUUGAAAUUCCUGCUUCCCUGAGUUUGUGUAUUUCUUCCCACCUGAGAAGGAGAAUUUAUGUUUGAUUUGGAUUAUUUCUUCAUUUUCAUCUUUAAAAAAAAUUAAUGUUUUUUUGUCGUCAGUAAUACCCACUGAAACCAGGUUUAUUAUCGUAAAGUGUGCCUGUGAGUGCUAAAUUGCAUCCUGGAACUGGAUUUUGGGUACAUAUUUAAGAAGUUGAGCCCGAUUUCACAGAGAAUGAUUGGUGAAAAAGUGAGAAAAUGAAAAACCCAUUUUUCAGUGUUCCCCCAACUUCAAGCCAUUGCCUGAGUCUCAACCAGUAUGGACAUCUUUACAUUUUAUGGUAGUUUUGAUUUGAUGAGUUUGAAAAAUCAGUGUAAGUUUUCAAAAGUCAAAAGUCAACAUUUUGAGGACAGGAAUUCAAUUACUAGGACAUAAACUUUAAUGAGAUAGAAGAGGGUGCCAAAUGGAGGCAGGAAGGCACCAUGGCAAAAGAUAUUUAUGCCAAAUGUGUGAUGAAUGUGUUGGAGAUGUGUUCCUCUGCACUAAGCUUGGAACUAAAAGUCCUUAGGUCUGUAUUCUGGUUAUAUGCCACUUUGUAACUCAGGAAUCAGUUUAAGUGCUAUUUCUCUGUCUUUGAAGAUUAAAAGGAGUGGGUGCAGCUAAGGGCUCUUCUGAGGUGUCACAGAAAACAAUAGUGAGGCUACAUGAUUAACCAUAGUGUUAGAGCAAUAAAAAAUCCGGGCAUAGCCUUUUGAUUUACCACUAUCGGUUCAGGAUUUCUUAAAAUUUCUUCCCAGGUGACAUACAAAAGGCAAAAUUAGUAAGUGAUAUAGCUACCAAAUAUCAAAUUUUGUUACUUUUUAUGAAAUAAAGGAAUCUAUUUUGUCUGAAUUGAAAUUAGAAAUUCUAUGAGCUUUUAAAAAAUACUUUUGAAGGGCACCUGGGUGGCUCAGUUGUUUAAGCAUCUGACUCUUGAUUUCGGCUCAGGGCAUGAUCUCACGGUUUGUGAGUUCGAGCCCUGCAUUAAGCUCUGUGCUGAUAUGGAGUCUGCUUGGGAUUCUUUCUCUCUCCCUCUUUCUUUGCACCCCCUCUGACCUGUGCUUUGUGAGUCUUCCUCUGUCUCAAAAUAAAUAAAUAAACUAAAAAAAAAAAAACACUUCUGAGUCACUGAAUAUCUUUCAGCUUAUGUCCUUACCUGCUUGUAAAUUCAACCAGUCUUUCUUUCUCUCAUACUUUCCCCCUCUCUUCCUCUUUCCCUUCCCCCCUCAUUCACUCAGUUCAAAACAUAUUUAUUGAGUGUCCCUCCUUUAGCCACUGUGCUAAGGAUUAUGAUUUCACCUACUAGGACAUCUAAGGAAGCCAUGAUAAAAUGUAUCAGCAGUUUUGUCUUAGGAGCCUAUACUGUGACUCCAUUGUCCUCUCUGUCGACUAAAUUAAACCAAAGCAGUGAGUCAUUCCUUUAAAUAGUUGAACCAGUUGUGGAUUAGCUGUAAAACACAAUUAUUUUCAUUCACACUUGUAUUUUAAAUGGCUUUAUGUAACUUGCUGUACACACAGAGAAAAAUAUGAAAUUAUUUUAUUUUUGCAAAAGAGGCCCAAGUUUACAGAGGGCUUGCCCAAUGUCUCAUGGGUAAUAUAAGUAAGAAUUUAGAUCCAACUGUAAGUUCUUUGAUUCCAAGUUUAUUGUUCUUCUUACAGUAGAGUGGGAUGUGAGAUUGGUUUCCAUGAUAUUCCAUUUACAAGACAAUAAUAGAAGCAUGGGUUUUGGAAUCAAAUUUGGAUUUAAAUGUGGCUGUGCCAUGCACUAGCUCUGUGAGCUUGACACAUUUAAUUAAUUUCAUUGAAUUUCAAUGAAUUAAUCUACAAAUUAAAGAAAAUGAUACUUACCUGUAAUGGGGUAUUGUGAUAAUGUAUGUAAAGUGAGCCUUACACAGUAGAUACUCAACAAGUAUUAACUGUGAUUAAUUCUUUAUCCAGACUUAUCUCCAGCUCUAGAAUAUGACUUCUCAGUUUCAACUAUACAAACUGUAUUCCUGACUAUGUAGGUUUAAAUGUCAUGGACAGAAUAAACUUCAAAUCUCUUCGUGCUAUUCUCGUUUAUAAUACUUCAUGAUUAUUUUUCCCCACGCAAAACCUACCCAUCUCCCAAAUGUGCAAUCUCACCUUGUCCUUAGGCCUUGAAAUUUAAGUUUCUUUGUUUUCUUCCUAUCCCACUCUGAAGUUAUAUAGUGUUCUUUUUGAUGAUUUCUAUAUUAUUCUUGAAAUAUUUUCAUUAUAUAUGUCUUUUCCCCUUAACAAAAUUCUAUUUCAUGGUGGACAGGAUCCUUUUCUUACAUUUUCUCCAUAGGUCUCUUAACACUAGUGCAGUAUUUGAGACCAAGAAAGAUGGUCCUUAAUUGGUAAAUUCUCAACAAAGGCAACGUUUACGUACAAUAUUAGCAGUUGCAAAUAUAAAUGAAUGUUAUAGAAAGAAAGCUCUUUGUUUCCAUGUUGCUAUUCAACUCGGGAAAUUUUAUGUUAAACUUUCCUGAUUUAAAAACGCUACAUUCAGGGGCGCCUGGGUGGUUCAGUUGGUUGAGCAUCUGACUCCUGGUUUCCACUCAGGUUGUGAUGCCACGGUCAUGGAAUCAGCCCUGCGUCAGGCUCCAUGCUGAGCGUGGAACCUGCUUAAGACUCUCUCUCUCUCUCUCUCUCUCUCUCUCUCUCUCUCUCUCUCUCUCUCUCCCUCUGCCUCUCCCUUGCUUGCACACUCUACUCUCCCCUCCCCUCCCCCAAGCUACAUCCAGGCAGAAUAAUCACAUGCAGUUUAAUACAAUAAUGUUUAUUAAAACGCUAUAUGUGAAAGUCAUCAAGUAAUAAAAUGAUUGGAAAAGUUUGAAAAAUCAUGACUAUUUGGUAAAGAGUUCUCACACAAUUAGAAAUGAUUUCUGUCAAAUUAGUUUGAAAUCUAAUGGAGAGAUGGUAUAUGCCAGUGUAAAAAUACUUUUGAUACUUUCAUUUUUAAUCCACAGAAAUAUAUCCAUUUCAUACUAAAUUCACCCUAAAUAAGUUCUGUAACAGAUGUUCUCAAAUAUUCUGGAUCAUGAUUCAGCAACACACUUACUGACUUUUAACAAGGGCUUUCAUCUUCCUUUUUAAAAUUAUCUUCCAGAAACAUGGAUUCUCAUAAUUAUGUAAUGAGAUUACGCUGAGAAUAGAAUUAGCCUUCAGAAUAAAAUAAAUUUCUGCCAAAGAGGUCACGUGUGGAGAAAUGGAGCUUGAUCUACAGUUUUAUUGUAAUUAUAGUACCUACUGUGAAGCUCUGUGGAAAACAUAUGCAAACAAACCUGUGAUGUUAAAAUGCUUUACAGGUGACUUGUAUAGACUUGGUUCCUGACUACGUAUAAUAUAUUCUGUGUAAUUUUAGACCUAUGACGUUUGCUUUGGAACAAUGAACUCGUGCCUAUGCCCGCCUCCAUCCUAUUGCAGAACCAGUGCUUUAGUACAGCACCACUGCAGCCCAGUGUGAAACAAACAAACAAACAAACAAACAAACAAAAACAAGCAAACACCCAGCUCUUCUGCUCCAGAAGGGGUUGGGCUCGGUAGUCUGAAGAGGAAUGGCAUAGGGCCAGGGUGAGCUAUGGAAACAGGGCAUGUUAGGAUUAGAUGAUUGGGCUUCCAUCAGAAGCUAUGUUUAUCCAAAUUCUCCCAAGGAAGGAGGAGAAAAUUAGAGUCAUUAUCUUUUAUAUGUAAAUGUGUAUAUGUGUCUUAUAGUUAUAAGGGGACUUUGGUCCAUAAAAGAUAUGAAAAUUCAGUAAGAGUUGAAUUAAUCCACAUUUUUACUGUCUAUAAGAAUGAUUUUUAAAAAUGAAAUAAAUAAUAAAACCCAGGUUAUAAAGGAACCAUAUAAACCAAGAGAACAAAAGUUUUUUUCAACAUUCUCAGUAGUUGGAAGGACAUUCAAAAGAAAUGUAUUGUAAAGAUAAUGGUAAUUAUUCAGGUACUUUAAACAUCUGUAUAAAAUAUACCUAGCUUGAUAUACUCUUAAUUACUAUCAUUACUUAAAUGUUUAAUUGUUGUCCUAAAAAUAUUUGUGCUUAUAUUUUCAUUAAUCUAGCAUUUACUGAAUAUUUUGUUAAUUCAAAAUAUCUCUAGGCUCAUCCAUGGAUAAAAAUGUGGCUGCAUUUCAUUCAGGUUCUAAGGCUUUUCUUUUUAAUUAUCUGAAGUGCUUUUUUAUGUAAAAAUAGUUUGUACAAAAUGUAUUUUUAAGAGCUUUUAUAGUUUGUUUAACAAAACUCCCAACCACAUUGUAAGCUCCUUGUGGGCAGGACCCGUGUUUUAUGUAUCUCUUGUAUCUACAGAGCCUAGCACAGAGCAAAGCUCAUAGAAUUUACUCAAUAAAAACUUGAUGGAGAGGCUAA